CGACCACGCGCUAAGAACACGCAACUUGGAAUUGGCCAUGUCGUGGAUGCUCUCGAUCGCCGGCGCGGUCGCCGCCAUCGUCGCGUUCUACCUCUGCGCGAACCGCCUCGUGCUCUUCUUCAGCACCUUUAGCUUCCAGGACGGCCCGUACGUCCUCGGCGUCCACCAGUGGCGCAGCAACAACCGCGCCGGGCCGCACUGGUGCAACAUUUGCGAGUCCGUCGCGUACGGCAUCCGCAGCAACGUUGUGAGCUGCGACAUCUGCGGCAUCACGGCUCAUGGCCGCUGCGCGCUGCUGUACCUGCGCGGCGGCGGCCUGCCCGAGCGCUGUGCCUGCAAGGUCGCGGCCGUGCCCUUCGACUUGGACGCACGCGCGCUCGAGCAGCAUGCGUGGGUCAAGGGCAACAUCGAUCCGCUCGACACGUGCGACAUCUGCGGCCUCUUCUGCGGCAGCAUCCUCGCGCUCUCGGCGAUCCAGUGCGCGUGGUGCCAUCGCCGCGUGCACGAGACGUGCUUUCACAAUGGCGGUAUUAGCGCCAUCUGUGACUACGGCCCGCACGAGCGCCUUGUCUUGCCACCCUCGUCGAUCCGCAUCCAGCCCAAGCCAACCGUGCUCUCAUCUGUCAAGUCGGCUGUCCAGAAAAUCAAGUCGCGCGCGCUCCAGCACCGGGACGACGACGCGUCGCCGAUGAAAACACGCUCCGGCACGGUGCGGCAACGCCGGGCGACCGAGACGAACAUUACGCCGCCGCAGUCGUCUGGAGCUACAACGACCGAGGUCGUUGAAGUCGAUACAGACGAGAUGCUGCCGUAUGUCAUUGAGCAGCCCAUCGGAUCGACGCCGCUUUUGGUCUUUAUUAACAGCCGCAGUGGCGGUCAAAUGGGCGUCUACGUCCUCCGGCAGCUGCGCAAGUGGCUCAAUCCCCUUCAGAUUUACGACCUCUCGGUGCCCGGUGGUCCUCGCCCGCCUUUGCUGCAGUUCCGACACGUGACAGCGCUUCAGAUCCUUGUCUGUGGCGGCGACGGCACCGUCGGCUGGGUGCUUGGCGCGAUCGAUGAACUCGUGGCACAAGGCCUGCUGCGUCAACCUCCCGUGGCGAUCUUGCCGCUCGGCACGGGCAACGACCUCGCGCGCAUUUUGGGCUGGGGCGGCGGCUACUCGGACCAGCGCAUUAGCGACAUCCUCUCGGACCUCGAGAAUGCGCACACAUGCCUCCUCGACCGCUGGCGCGUCGAUCUGAACGGCGCCAAGCACUGUGUACUCAACAACUACUUUGGCGUCGGUGUCGAUGCCCAAGUGGCGCUCGAGUUUCACGAGCAGCGCGAGCGGUCGCCGGCGCUCUUUAUGAGUCAGUUUAUCAACAAGCUCUGGUACAGCCGGUUUGGCGCCAAAAACUUUAUCACGCGGACGUGCGCCAAUUUGGAAACCAAGAUCCAACUCGUGUGCGAUGGCGAACCGAUCUUGCUGCCGCCGGGCAUCGAAGGCGUUAUUGUCGCCAACAUCAACAGCUACGGCGGCGGCUCGGUGCUGUGGCACGACAACGACGUCGACAACGAGUAUACGUUUACGCAGCCGCACGGCCAGCAACGCUUCUUUGGACCUGCCUCGAUGCAAGACGGUCUGUUGGACGUCGUGGCUGUCACGGGCACCUUGCAUUUGGGCCAGCUCCAGGUCGGGCUUUCCAAGGCGAUUCGGCUCUGCCAGUGCAAGCACAUUGAGAUCAAGCUCCUCGAGCGACUCCCGAUUCAGAUUGACGGCGAGCCGCGCAUGCAAGAUGCAUGCGCCAUUGACAUUUCCUUCUUCCACCAGGCCUUUAUGCUCGGCAAGACGAUUGAGGAGCGCGACACGGUCGCUCGCCAAGUCGCAGAGACGCUGGAUUGGGCGGGCCAUUCCAAGAUCAUUACUUGGACACAGCGCGACAUUCUCCUCGCCGAGAUCGUUCGGCGUGUCAAGUCCAAGUCGCUGCCGACGAAGCGGUCCUCGGUCGAGUACAACAUGUGAUAAUACCCUCAAAUACGAGCUCGCAACCCCAAUACAAGGGUAUUGAACCAUGCAA